AUGGCCAUUUGGUCAAAGAGUCGAAGAGCCUCUGUGACCCACAGAGCUCAAUUUCAGUCCCCAACUUGGCCAUCAAAACCUUCCAAAAUCAUCAGAAUUCACAAACCCUACAAAAACCUCCAUUUCCUCUCGAUACCAAUCAACCAUUCUCUGUCUACUCCACUAGUUUCUUCCUUUUCUUUCCCUCUUAUUCCCAAAUUCCCUCGUAAUCUACUCCCCUUUCACCCCGUACAAGAUGCUACUGAGGAGCAUAUCCUCGAAGACAUCGAGAAUUCCAUGAGAAAUCAUCCAAAUCUUGAAAAUUUGAUCAAACUGGAAUUACCCAAUAGCCACAAUUGCCAAAUUAUAUGUCCAGAAUCGUCUAAAAGAGUUUUUAUAGAAGAUCCUCCCUGGAUUUCUGCCCUUUUUUUCAAGGGACUGUAUAACAUAGCUAAUCGAGAAUUGAAGGUAGAGUUCAAAGAUAUUGAGAAGAGAAAGUAUAAUUUACUUGGGCGGCGACAAAUUAGACAAGAGACUGAGGCGUGGGAGAGAAUGGCAGAAGAAUAUAGGAGUUUAGUGAGGGAAAUGUGCGAGAGGAAGUUGGCAUCAAAUUUGCCAUAUGUCAAGGGACUAUUUUUGGGGUGGUUUGAGCCCUUGAAAGAGGCUAUAAAGAAGGAGCAGAAUCCGCAGAGGUUGAACAAACAGAAGGCGGCAUUUGCUCCCCAUAUUGAGUUGAAAAUGAGAAAAAAAAAAGGAGAAUCAAUAAUGGCUGAAAUGAAAUAG